AUGGCAAGCUACAAUGAAUCAGAAUUCGAAGGGGGUGGGCUAAGACACGAGACUCGCCUCAUGAUCGUCGGCAUUAUCCAUCUGGACCACGGUCCGUCGUCAGGACCAGACAUCCCCCAGAACCUUGGCAAACGACGUGAAAACAUCCGCAAACACCACGUCCGCAAAGUAUAUCGGCGCGUCCAUCGAGCUAAAAAGGCACCUCCGGAUCGACCUGGGAAAUUAGAGGCAGUAUUGGCAGUAGAAGCACACGCACUGGAGAAACUUGUCCCGUUCGCGUUUGUACAAAAUGUCGAUUGGAGAAACCAGCGCCAUCAACACGACGAGUGCCGCAAUGGCCGGGAUAUAGCCAAAGGCGUCUACGAGCGCCAUGUCGCCCCAUGUGAGGUAGCGGAAGACGCCCCAGCACAAGAAACACCACACUGCGUAGGCGGCAAAGAGGCGGUACACGGCGUGGUAGAUGACGGAUGGGUGGGAGGGCGGCUUCGGGCCGGUGGUGAGGUGGGCGGGCAAAUGGGAGUUGAGGUUUGCCUCCACACGCAGGUCCAUUGCGGAGACGGCAUCGACGCCAAGGAGGUCGAGGCCAUGGAGGUUGGUGGCCCACCCGACGAUCCCAAGGCCAGCCAGGACCAGGACUCGGAAGGGCAGCGGGAAGUCGACGAUAACAGGAAUCUCGGACAUGCUGCCUGCCCACAGUGA